UUGUUCUAAAUGGGUUACUUAGUUUAAGUUAUUAAUACCAAAGCACGCCACUGAAUCAUGGGAUUUACGGGAUUUAAAUACUCCCGAAAAUGGUACUGAAGGGCAGUACGUAGCACAGCGUGAAUAAAAGAACAUGAUACUUCUGUGUGUAUUAGUUUGUUCGGUAGUGUUUUGGCUAUGCUUCUCAUGCUUCAGGCCCAAGAACUAUCCUCCAGGCCCGGGUUUUCUCCCAAUUGUAGGCAACCUAAUGUUUUACAAAAAUCAACACAAAAAAUUGGGUUUUCAUCAUUUGGUCUGGAUGAACUUAGCUGAAAAAUUUGGACCAAUUGUAGGCUUAAAAUUAGGCAGAAGCCUUGUAGUGACUGUUUCGGGUCCUGCCGCUAUUAAAGAAGUGUUGACCCGGGCAGAAUUCGAUGGUAGACCGGAUGGAUUUUUCUUCAGAUUGAGAACUUUCGGAAAACGCUUAGGCAUCGUGUUUAGUGAUGGACCACUGUGGAAGACGCAACGACGAUUUUCCCUCCAUCAUCUACGAAAUUUUGGUUUCGGCCGCAAACAGAUGGAGGAGAAGAUCCAAGAUGAAUGCAAAUCGUUCGUCGAAAAACUGAAUGAAAAAUGCAACUUACCGGUGUUUAUGCACAAUGCUUUUGAUAUUUCUGUUCUGAAUGCUUUGUGGGCCAUGUUAGCUGGAAAACGUUUUGAUGUAGACGAUGAGAGACUAACAACACUGCUUCAAAUCAUACACGAGUGCUUCAGAAUCGUCGAUAUGUCUGGGGGCUUAAUCAACCAAAUGCCUUUCAUAAGAUAUUUAGCCCCAUCAGCGUGCGGUUAUAAUCAAAUUUUGGAUGUUUUAAAUCGAAUGUGGACAUUUUUGCAAGAAACUGUUGAUGGACAUAAACGCACAAUUCUGUCCCAACCUAGAGAUUUGAUAGAUGCAUUUCUCCAUUCCAUGACCAUUAAAGUCGAUGUAUCGUUUACAGAUGAUCAACUGAUCGCGCUGUGUUUGGAUCUGUUUAUGGCUGGAGCUGAAACAACCAGCAGUAGCCUUGGGUUUGCCGCAAUGUACAUGGUGCUCAAUCCAGAUGUUCAAAAGAAGGUUCAAGCAGAGCUGGACGAAGUGGUGGGCAGAGGCAAAUGGCCAACGUUGAAAGAUAAAGGGAAUCUAAAGUAUACUCAGGCUGUUCUCCUCGAGCUGCAACGAAUAUCGAAUUUGGCUCCCAUGGGAAUUGCGCAUCGAGCAGUAAAAACCACAAAGUUAAUGGGAUAUGAUAUAGCAGAAAAUACGAUUAUUCUUACUAACUUGUACAGCCUCCACAUGGAUCCCAAAAUAUGGGAAAAUCCAAAAAAGUUCCAACCGGAACGGUUUCUGGAUCGCAAUAAAUUGAAUGCGCAUGAAGACUAUUACAUACCUUUUGGUUUAGGAAAACGUCGUUGCCUUGGUGAAGUUUUGGCGAAAACCAACCUUUUCCUGUUUUUUACAGCACUUUUGCACCAUUUCACAUUAGAACCGGUCGAAGACUGGUACCCAGAAGCGCUCCCCUUUGAUGGAGUUACUUUGGCUCCAAAACCGUUCAAAGUGAAACUCAUCAAAAUUAUGCUGACCGAAAUUUUACUUUUGGUUCUAUGCAUUAUUUUGCUUUUGUACUACAUUUCGAAUGAUGGAUGCCAAAAAUUUCCACCAGGGCCUCCAUGGAGACCAUUCAUCGGUAACGGACCCGAACUCAGAAGACUAGCAAAGGAAUAUGGGGGGCAGCACUUGGCAAUCACAGAAUUGGCCAGAAGAUACGACACUGAGGUGGUUGGAUUAAAGUUGGGCAAGGAACGAGUGAUUUGUGUUUGCUCCUACGCCACUGUACGUCAAGUGCUGACGUCAGACGAUUAUCAGGGGCGCCCCGACAAUUUUUUCAUGAAAUUGCGAACGAUGGGGACAAGAAAAGGUAUUACUGUGGCAGAUGGCGAUCUAUGGAAAGAGCAACGAGCAUUUCUUGUAUCUCAUCUGCGAGCUCUUGGGUUUGGAACAACAUUGAUGGAGCAAAUGAUUAAAGAGGAAAUAAAGCAGACCAUCACUUUGAUCGAGAAGAACGUUGAAAUGGUUGAUUUAUCCGCAACAUUGGCUCCGUCGAUUUUAAAUAUUCUGUGGACUUUGACUAGUGGCAAAAAUGUUAAAGGAAACAACCGAGUCGAAAAGUUGUUGCUACUGCUCAGACAAAGAACACGUGCCUUUGAUAUGUCCGGCGGAACUCUGAAUAACUAUCCCUGGCUCAGGUUCGUUGCUCCAGAAAAAUCUGGAUAUAAUCUAAUGAAAACCAUUAACAUUGAAGUACGAAACUUGAUAAUGGAAACCAUCAAUGACCAUAAAAAGAGCUGGAAGGACGAGCGAUGUGACGACUUUAUUUAUUCGUUUCUAACUGAAAUGAAGAAGCGAGAAGGAAAACGCAGCUACUUUUCGGAAGAGCAAUUGGUUAUGGUUUGCCUGGAUAUUUUCAUCGCGGGAUCGGCCACCACAAGCAACACCAUCGACACUGCGUUACUGGCCAUGAUUCUUUACCCAGAAGUCCAAGACAAAGUUCAUCAGAGCUUGGACAGCGCUUUUAAAAAGAAUGCAGAUGUUUCCUAUUGUGAUAAAGAAAGGGUUCCCUAUGUGAAUGCUGUUUUACUAGAAUGUCAAAGAUAUUUUCCGGUAGUUCCAGUUAUUGGGCCGAGAAGAGUGUUAAAAACUACCCAUUUAGAUGAGUACCUUAUUCCAAAGGAGACAACAGUAUUAUUAAAUCUGCAUUCUGUGCAUCAUGAUCAAAACUACUGGAAGGAUCCAGCGGUUUUUAGGCCGGAGAGAUUUUUAGAUGAGAACAGUAAUCUGAUUUGCCAAGAUAGAGUGCUAACAUUUGGAUUAGGUAAAAGGAGAUGCCUAGGUGAGGCUCUGGCAAGGGCGUGUUUAUUUUUAUUUUUUGUGGAAAUUCUUCGAAAAUACAAAAUCGAAUAUACCGGCAGCACAAAACCGACAGGAAAACAAACUCCAGGCAUGAUCAUGAGUCCAGAACAUUACAAAGCCAAAUUUUCACUUAGAGUUUAAUGCAGCUCAAUUAAUACUUCCAAGAACACGUUCCACAUAGUAUAAAGUAAAAGAGGUGUAAUUCCAUGACAAGUAACGAUAAAAAUGUAGCUUAAUUCAAUAAAAUAACUAAGUUUCCUA